AUGAAAAGUGAUGAAUAUAAUCCUAAUGCGCUAACUUCAGAAGGUUUUAAAUAUUGUGUUCCAAGUUUAUUAGUUAUGCUGUUUGAGACGAGUGCAAAAUCCUCACUUCGGCAUUUUGAUCAAUAUAAAUCGUUAUGGGAACAAUCUAAAACGGAAGAAUUCGACAAAUUCAUGUCAAAUAAUCCAUCGGUGACUGAUUUUGAAGAAAUUAUUCAACAGUUUUAUGAGAAAGAUCAAUUAAUUUCCAAUGAGCCUGAUGUAUGUGACUGCAGUCCAUUAGCAAUUUACACCAACCACUUAAAAGAUGGAUUACUUGCAGAAACAAGAAAUUGGCGCUUAGAAUACGGGAGAUUAUGCAGCUCAAAAUUUAAAACUCAAGUUGAAUCCUUGUUUGCAACGAUCGAAAAAUAUGAAAAAAUCUUAUCAAGACCCAUCAAUGAUUUAGAUGAUAUAAGAAUACUGAUGAAUGCGUUGAAGGAUUUACGUGAAAUGGAAGCAAAUGUUGACUUACAACUUGGACCUAUUGAAGAAUCCUAUUCUUUACUGGCUAAACAUUCAAUUCCAGUUGAUAAAGAAGAAACUGAUAAAGCAGAUACUUUGCGCUAUGAAUGGGAAAAAUUAUGUAAACAAAUGCUAGAAGUACAAAAUCAGUUAGUUGACGUUCAACCAGAAUUUCGCAAUAAUUUAUUAGAAAAUAUAACAACGUUUAAUGAAAAUUGUUCAACAUUCUACGACGAUUAUGAUAAAGUUGGACCAAUGGUUAGAGGCAUACCACCCCGAGAAGCAUCUGAUCGUCUUAUUAUAUUUCAAAAUCGUUUUGAUAAUCUUUAUCGCAGUUAUAUCACGUGUAGUGCAGGUGAACAACUUUUUGGACUGCCGAUUACAGAACAUACUCGGUUAGAUGACAUUAGAAAACAAUUAAACCUUCUACAAAAACUUUACUUAUUAUAUAACAGUGUUUUGAACAAAACAGCUGGCUAUUAUGACAUACCGUGGUCCGAUGUUAAAAUCGAUGUGAUUUCUCAAGAACUGCAAGACUUCGAAAAUCGCUGCUUCAAGUUACCAAAAGCUUUACGUGAAUAUCCGGCAUACGAUGAUUUGAGGCAAACGUUGGCUAAUUUUGACCAGAUCAUCCCAUUGUUAGAGUUAAUGACUAAUCCAGCUAUGCGUGAGAGACAUUGGAAACGCUUGGCUACCUUAACUGGACGGUCAUUCAAUGUUGACGAUAGUGAAUUUACUUUGCGAAAUAUACUUGAAGCUCCUUUACUUGAACACUAUGACGACGUUGAAGAUAUUUGUAUAUCAGCUAUUAAAGAGCAAGAUAUUGAGCGAAAACUAAUUAAUUUAAAAUCUGAAUGGAGUGCACAAGAAUUUGAAUUCGUUCAAUUUAAACACCGUGGUGAAUUGUUGCUACGAGGUGACCACACUUUGGAAUUGAUUAGUUUAAUGGAGGACUCAUUGAUGGCCCUUGCCUCUCUUUUAAGUAAUCGCUACAAUGCGCCAUUCCGCAAAGAUAUACAAAAUUUCAUCUCACGCUUGUCAAAUUCCAACGAAAUUAUUGAACAGUGGUUGGCAGUACAAAAUUUAUGGAUUUAUCUUGAAGCAGUUUUUAUUGGUGGUGAUAUAGCACGUCAACUUCCACAAGAAGCUAAACGCUUCGCGAAUGUAGAUAAAUCAUGGUGUCGCAUUAUGCAAAGAGCUCAUGAGACAACGCAUGUUUUAACAUGCUGUAUUGGUGAUGAAAUGCUUAGCCAUCUAUUACCACAUCUAAUGGAACAGUUAGAAUUAUGUCAGAAAAGUUUGACUGGUUAUUUGGAAAAGAAACGUCUUCUCUUCCCUCGCUUCUUUUUCGUUUCUGAUCCAACUCUGCUGGAAAUUCUGGGUCAAGCAUCAGAUCCUCAUACGAUACAAGCACAUUUACUUUCUGUGUUUGAUAACAUUAAAAGUGUGAAGUUUCAUGAAAAACAAUAUGAAACGAUUUUGACCUGUUACUCACAAGAAGGCGAGGUAUUAGAGUUAGAACAUCCAGUUAAAGCUGAAGGACAUGUAGAAGUUUGGUUAAAUAAAUUAUUGAAAGAAGCGCAGUUUUCAUUACAUCAAAUAAUAAGAGAAGGCUAUAAAGUAGCGAUAGAUGAUGAUGUCAAUAUAUUACAAUUUCUUGCGACGUUUCCUGCCCAGGUGGGACUAUUGGGUAUUCAAUUUAUCUGGACAAGAGAUUCAACUAACGCACUAAAAGAAGCCAGACAUAAUAAAAAGAUUAUGCAAAUGACUGAUCAUGAAUUUGGUCGUCUACUAAACUUGCUUAUUCAGCAAACUACACACAACUUAACGCAAGUGGAGCGAACUAAAUUAGAGACAUUAAUCACCAUACAUCUUCAUCAAAAAGAUAUUUUCUCAUCAUUAGUUAAAGACCGUAUCAAAUCACCAACAGAUUUUGAUUGGCUUAAACAAACACGUUUCUACUAUUUAGAAGAUUCAGAUGUAUGUCUAAUUUCAAUUACCGACGUAAAUUUCAUUUAUCAAGAUGAAUUUAUCGGAUGCACAGAACGACUGGUUGUUACACCACUCACAGAUCGGCAAGUUUUCUUGACAUGA